UUGUGGGUGAAAUUGAAAGGCAACAUUUUGACGUUUCUUUUCGCAAACAUCCACCGCCAAUCCGGGUUGUGUGUGAUUUCAAUUGUGUCGCGACGACGGCACCAACAAAUCUUUCGGCCUCUUCGUGCUGGGGUGGAAAAGUGACGUGAAUGCGUGGAACAUUUUGUGUGGGGGUUGCGAGCCAGCGACCGUGUCCUCAGUCGAGCGUCGUGAAACGUGUCCGGACCGCGAUCGGGGGGACGGCAUAAGACAAUGUCAUGCCAGUUCAUAACAAAAAUGAAAACAUCGCGCAGUGAAUUAACUUUAACAGGUAGCGAAAACGAAAGCGAGAAUUUUACUUGCAACUGACGUAGAUUCCGAGACGUGGAGAGACUGUCGACAAGAUGAAGCUCGUGCAUAAGAUGAUCGAGAAGGGCAAUCAGGGCACCGUCUGCCUGAUUCCCGAGGAAUCCGAGGAUAUGUGGCAUGCCUACAACUUGAUUGCGGAGGGCGAUCGCGUCCGGAGCACGACCAUCCGGAAGGUUCAAAACGAAACAGCCACAGGGUCUUCCACCAGCAGUCGCGUGAGGACGACACUAACAAUCUCCGUUGAAUCGAUUGACUUUGAUACUCAAGCUUGUGUUCUUAGACUUAAAGGGCGUAACGUCGAAGAAAAUCAAUAUGUUAAGAUGGGUGCCUAUCACACACUCGACUUAGAAAUGAAUCGAAAAUUUGAAUUAACAAAAGCCGAAUGGGAUACGAUAUCACUCGAACGUAUUGACAUGGCCUGUGAUGUGACACAAAAUGCAGAUGUAGCUGCAGUAAUAAUGCAAGAUGGCUUAGCGCAUGUUUGUCUGAUCACAUCCAGUAUGACAUUGAUACGUAGCAAAAUCGAGGUCGGUAUUCCACGCAAGCGCAAGGGCAAUGUUCAGCAACACGAAAAGGGUUUAGCUAAAUUCUAUGAUGCCGUAAUGCAGGGCAUUCUGCGGCAUGUAAAUUUCAAUGUAGUUAAAUGUAUAUUAAUAGCAUCGCCUGGAUUUGUUAAAGACCAAUUUUUCGAUUAUAUGUUCCAACAAGCUGUUAAAUUAGAUAAUAAGGUGUUAUUGGACAAUAAAAGUAAAUUUCUUUUGGUGCAUGCUUCGUCCGGUUUCAAACAUUCUUUGAAAGAGGUUCUCCAAGACCCAGCGGUGACUGCAAAAAUGUCAGACACAAAGGCGGCUGGCGAAGUGAAAGCAUUAGAAAAUUUUUAUACAAUGUUGCAAGUCGAACCGUCUAAAGCUUUUUACGGCAAAAAACAUGUGAUGCGUGCUGCUGAAGCUCAAGCUAUUGAAACCCUACUUAUUUCCGAUAAUUUAUUCAGGUGUCAGGAUAUAAAUACAAGAAAGGAAUAUGUAAACUUAGUGGAUUCUGUAAGAGAUUCGGGCGGUGAAGUCAAAAUCUUUUCUAGCAUGCACAUAUCAGGAGAACAAUUAUCACAAUUAACAGGUGUUGCUGCAAUCUUGCGAUUCCCCAUGCCUGAAUUGGAAGAGGACAGCGAAGGCGAGGAUGACGAUGAUAAAUCAGAAAGCGACUAGAAACGCACAUACACAUUACGAAAAUGUAUCACCAGCAAUGCGUUCGCGUAAAACCACAAGAUAAACUUAUGAACUAAGAAUUGAAACUGAUCCCGCAAGAGAAGGAAACGAAUUAAACGAAGCAAAUUGAAUUUACACAUUUAAACUGAAUAUACAUAGAAUAUAUAUUGAAGAACCAGGGGAUGGUUUCCUUUAAACGACCCUCUGCAGUUUGUUUAUAAUAUUUAUAAAAAUAUAUUUUGUAUAGAAUAAUUUCUUUAAUUAUUGAUUAAUAUUGAUUUUAUUUUUUAAACGAAAUAUUACAAGAAAAAGACACUAAAAACGGCUCCCAAAUGUUAACGUCAGAAGCAGAUAAAUACAAAAGUCGACCUCAAAUUGUUAAUCGAAACAAAUAGCUGCACUUCAAACAAGGUUAACCAAUAUUACAACAAUUAUACAACAAUAUCUGUUUAUUUUUGCUGUUUUAUUUUCUAUUUGAUUUUUGUCAUGUUUUAUUUGUUAAUGGAGUUUUUUAUUUUUAAGCAACGCUUGAAUGUAAAAAAUAUGCAAGAAAAUUGGCCUCCAGGCCGAAUAGCAAAUAUUGUAAAGGAAAUUCAAAUAAAUAUUUAAGAAUGCAAUAACA